AUGGCGAAAAGGAAUUUAACCGUCAUUCUGUUGGUACUACUGACGAGAAGAUUAAAAUCGAACACGAAUUUUUUUUUAGCAAAUUUAGCAUUUGCCGACCUUUGCGUUGGAAUAUUUUGCGUUUUUCAAAAUUUGACUUUUUAUUUAAUAACAACGUAA